UGAACAUUUCAAGCUUCUUUAAAACAUUGAGAAUAUUAUUUCUACACAAGAAAUGUUUAUUUCACAAUCUUAAAAAUGCUCGAAUUAAUCGAAAAUAAUAUAAAAAGUAGCUUGAUUGAUCAACAAAUUUCAGAUAAUGAAUGGAACAGCGUUAAUUUCGGUUGAUGAGGAAUCGCAACAACCGCCUGUUAGUUUUUCAGACCUUCCUGACGAUGUCUUGUUUACAAUUUUUAGACAGCUGGACAUUGCAUCCUUGUCAGUGUUAUGUCGAGUUUGUCGCAAAUUGAAGGACUUGCUGAGCAGUGAUCACGCCUGGCUACCGUUCGAUAAGAAUUUCAAUGUCCUGCGUGCUGACAACGGCAUCACACUUCCUUUGAAAGAGAAGUUCCGGAUUUCUUGUAACAGAGAAAAGGGUGUUUAUCAAGAAUCUCUUUUUAUAAAUUUUACUGGAAGACAACUGCCAUGGCUGCAGUACAACAAUGGAAAGCUUUGGGUCUCCUCAAAAAAUGAGAUCCAUUCAGUUGAUCCUUCAGCAAGCAAGAAAAACAGACGAAGCCGAGACAACAAUCGACACAAGCUUCAAAGAGAUGUCACCAAGUUUGUUGUCAAAGACCAAAAAAUAGUCAGUGGGUGCUUGGAUGGAAGCAUCCAUAUCUGGGACAACUGUGGAGCACACACUGAGAUAAAGAAUGCCCACUGUGUAGACACCCAGGCAGUGGACUCUUACGACAGUACCAUUGUAUCAGGCUCAAGGGACGCAACUCUAAAGGUUUUUAGUGUACAGUAUGACGACAACAGGGGAAUCUCAGGAGUCAUGGAGAAGUGCUGUUUUCCAGUGGGAGACCGAGUGUGGUCCGUUUCCCUGUCCCAGUGUUGUUGUUUUUGUGCCUGUGGAACAGCUUUCUGUGAUGGAGAUGCACCUGUGUCUAUAAUUGAUUUGAAUAAAUCCUGUAUGUUGAGUCAGUUGGGUCGGGAACACAAGAUCGGUGCAGGUGUACUGGAUAUGCAGUUUGAGGACGAACACACCCUGCUUACCUGUGGCUAUGAUACAUACGUCCGGAUGUGGGAUCUCCGAACCAACCAGUGUGUUGGUUCCUGGGAGCAGCAGUUUGACUCCGCAUACUACUGUCUGCAGUCAGACGGACACAGAAACAUAUUUGCGGGGACGUCUCGACACGGUUCUGUGGAUUUGUGGGACAAACGACAAACAAAGUCACCUGUAAAGACUUUUUAUGCGGGUCACCGGAACAGUCCUGUGUAUUCUUUGGCCUUCAACAGCACCAGUCUAUUUGUCGCAUUGGACGUCCAAGUCAAGACCCUUAACUUCAGCUGUUACAAGUGAUUGAACAUGGAUCCAAGAAUAUGAAAGGAUGAGAAAACUGCAGUCCUGUGUAUUCUUUGGCCUUCAACAGCACCAGUCUAUUUGUCGCAUUGGACGUCCAAGUCAAGACCCUUAACUUCAGCUGUUACAAGUGAUUGAACAUGGAUCCAAGAAUACGAAAGGAUGAGAAAACUGCUUCAAGUGAUUUGAACAUUUUAUUGUAUUCAAGAAAACAAAAGAAUUAAAAACAAGUUCUGACAAGCGACAAGUUCCCUUCAGCAGCUACAAAGUGAAAUUGACUUUUGAAACUUGUAGUUUGCAGUAUAUGUCCAUUAAAUGAUAUUGUAAGUGAGAUUCUACGCCUUUGAUUUAACUGUCUCAGGGUAAAACUGUGUACUUUGUGUCUGUGAAUACAGACUAAAACUGCUCUACAAUAUAGCUUCGAGCUGCUAGGUUCUUUUGCAUAUCAUACUUAAUUGACUCUGUAAAACAAUAUGGUUAAAUUAGGUUUAGUACAGUAUUAGUACAUUUGUAACCGAUGUGGUAAAAAAGAAAUAAAGAAUAAAAAAAAUAGAAGAAAAAAUGGUGUAUAUAUAUUCUAAGGGAUAAUAGGUGGUUUGGCAUCAUAACUGUCCAGGUAUUUCCCUACAAUUAUGUACUAAAUUAAUUUUUAAAAGCACUUCUUUGAAAAUUUUUGUAUAACCCAACAAAAAGUUGUUUUUUUUGCUUUUUUUUUUACUUUAGUUGGUCUUUCUUUAAAGAGAGACAGAUUCUGCAGGUGUUAUAUCAUGGUAAAUGUUUGUAAUUUCCUUAGAGAUUUGGAUGGUUACAUGUUAUUUGCAAUAUAUCAGACCAAGAAGUUUAAUAUUUAAUAUACAUUUGUAAAGGUAUUGAGUUUUGCUGUAUUUAUUUAAUGUGAUUUUUUAAAAAUACAUGUCAAAAAAGUCUUUCAAUAAAUAUAUUUAACAAAAUCUGACCCUUAUCUCUUU